AUGUCUCCAACAGCACUGAGGAAUGUGGACGCAGUCGAGAUUGUCGAUAUCCACCAGGAUGACUUGGAAUUCUCUCUCGUGGAUGAUUUGUACAAAAGUCUGAAUCCUGAAGAGGAUAAACCACGUUCAUUCCCCACGCUACUCCUCUACGACACCAGGGGACUCAAGAUAUUCGAAAAGAUCACUUAUCUGGACGAAUACUACCUCACAAACGCGGAGAUUGAGGUUUUGACAAUACAUGCAAAGAGAAUCGUCGAGCGGAUACCGGAGAAUGCACAGCUGGUGGAGCUUGGUAGUGGAAAUUUGCGCAAGAUCGAGAUUCUUCUGCGGGAGUGUGAACGGGUGGAAAAGCAAGUGGACUACUAUGCAUUGGAUUUAUCACUGGUGGAGCUACAGCGGACUUUCUCAGAGAUCUCACCUGAGGGCUUCAACUAUGUCGGGCUCCACGGCCUCCAUGGAACAUAUGAUGACGCUCUCUUAUGGUUGAAGAACCCAGAAAACCGCACCAGACCAACUGUGGUUCUCUCGAUGGGGUCAUCCCUGGGGAACUUUGAUCGUGCUGCAGCCGCGGACUUCUUGGGUGGCUUCUCCAAAGCUCUGGGUCCAGCAGAUUUUCUGCUUAUUGGAUUGGAUGCUUGUAAGACUCCAGAGAAGGUUUACAGAGCUUAUAACGACUCUCAAGGUGUGACCCAGCAGUUCUAUGAAAACGGACUGGCACAUGCCAAUUCGGUGCUCGGCUUCGAGGCAUUCAAGGCUAGUGAGUGGGAAAUCAUUACCGGAUACGAUAAAGUCAAUGGCCGACAUCAGGCCUUCUACUCACCAAAGGUCGAUGUGACUAUCAAUGAUAUUCAGAUCCCGAGGGGAGAGAAACUCAUCUUCGAGGAGGCGUAUAAGUAUGGCAUUGAUGAGCGUGAGGAACUCUGCCGCAACGCAGGGUUAAUUUCCCAGGUUGUGUUCGGAAAUUCAACAGAUGAUUAUCAUGUCCACCUGCUCUCACCAGCCUCUUUGAAUAUCCCUCUGCAGCCGUCUCAAUACGCAGCUCAUCCAGUCCCGACACUUGAAGACUUUCAGUCACUAUGGACGGUGUGGGAUGUUGUGACCAAGACAAUGAUUCCCCGGGAGGAACUUCUGUCGAAGCCUAUUAAGCUCCGGAAUGCACUAAUUUUCUACCUCGGUCAUAUUCCUACCUUUUUCGAUAUUCAUUUGACGCGCGCUUUGUGUGGAAAGCCAACCGAUCCGAAAUACUACAAGCAGAUCUUCGAGCGUGGCAUCGACCCCGAUGUCGAGAAUCCUGAACAGUGUCAUGCUCAUAGUGAAAUCCCGGACGAGUGGCCGCCUCUUGACGAGAUUCUGGACUACUCGGAGCGGGUACGAAACAGAGCACGAUCCAUUCUUGAGGAGGGAUCCGCCAUCCGAGACCGUUGUCUCGGUGAAGCUCUCUGGAUUGGCUUUGAGCACGAGGCAAUGCACCUCGAAACCUUCCUUUACAUGCUGCUUCAAAGCGAAAAGACUCUUCCCCCGAUUGGCGUGGAAACACCCAAUUUUGAGAAGUUGGCUCUUGAUGCAAAGGAAAAUGAGAGGCCCAAUACGUGGUUCCGCAUCCCACAACAAUCAUUCACGAUUGGCUUGGACGACUCCGAUGAUAAUGUUUUGCCGAAGGAUUCCUUUGGGUGGGAUAAUGAGAAGCCACAAAGAUCCGUCCAUGUACACGCGUUCGAGGCUCAAGCUCGACCAGUCACUAACGGAGAGUACGCCAAGUAUUUGCAAGCGGCCCAUCUGGAAGAAAUGCCAGCAUCUUGGACACGUAUCCACUCUGACCAGGGUAAUCCAAUUUCGAAGGGAUUUAGCGAGUCACGUCAGAGCGCACCCCAAGACUUCAUGGACAACUUCGCUGUGAGGACUGUUUUUGGUCCGGUAUCUUUGGAUCUUGCACAAGACUGGCCGGUCAUCGCUUCAUACGAUGAACUGGCUCGCCAUGCCAAGUGGACAGGGUGCAGAAUCCCCUCCCACGAAGAGGUCCGCAGCAUUUAUCUUUACGCCGAUCAGCUUCGAGGAACAGGAGUGCGAAGGAUUUCCAAUAGUCACAGCAACGGAACUAAUGGGACCUCUCAUGGAGUCAAUGGCACUUCCAACGGAGUCAAGCACAUGAAUAAUGGAACAACCAAGACUCUCUCUUCAGCACAGACGUCAGUAUUCCGUGCACUUGAUGGCUCCAAUGUGGGUUUCCAGAAUUGGCACCCCGUCCCCGUCACGCCAAACGGCGACAAGCUCGCCGGGCAGGGUGAUCUGGGUGGCGUUUGGGAAUGGACCAGCACACCACUUACGGCACACGAGGGAUUCAAAGCCAUGGAGAUUUACCCCGGCUACACAUCGGACUUUUUCGAUGGCAAGCAUAACAUCAUUCAAGGUGGCUCGUGGGCAACUAUGCCCCGGAUCGCGGGCCGGACUACAUUUGUGAAUUGGUACCAACACAACUACUUGUACGCCUGGGCAGGAGCGCGGUUGAGGGGUCUUAUGGAUGUCAUGGAUGGCUAG